AUGUUUGAUGGUUUCGAGCAAACUUUCCCGAUUCCACCUAAUUCUUAUCAGUUACAGUCACCUAAUCAAUUACCGCAGGAUACUUCACCAUUUUAUUACAAUUCAUCCCUUUCAUCGACAUUUAUUCCACCAAAAUGUCUCGAAAUGUCGCAGGAAAAAUAUCCGAAAAUAAAUCUUCGAAGCCAGCAACACAAAAGAAAACCACGUGUUUUAUUCACACAAAAUCAGGUAAACGAAUUAGAAGAUCGUUUCAAAAAACAACGUUACGUGACUGCAAGUGAACGUGAAGAGUUAGCACGAAAUCUUGGUUUGACGGCCACUCAGGUCAAAAUUUGGUUUCAAAAUCGAAGAUAUAAAUGUAAGCGAUUGGCUCAAGACAGAACUCUUCAACUCAGCCAAAUGCCGUUUAAUCCGAUUUUUGCAUCUGCUCUUCCAUUCGGCUUGAACUGUUUCAACACAAACCAUCACCAGAAUAAUUCCAACUAA